AUGCGAUCCAACCUUUUCUGUCGAAAACUGCACAAAAACUUCGUGUCCUCAACCACAAACAUCAUGGAUCCCGAACAGAACGGCUUGAACGGGGCCCAUUCGGCCGCCGACAAGACUACCGACGCCGUGCCCGCCGUGCCCGCCGAGACCCACGCCAACCAUGAUUCCCCCGAUACUCAAGUCGCUUCAACACUGGAGACAAAUGGACGCGACUCUCCAGGCGCCUCUUCCAAACGCCAGGGAGACGACAUCGAGACUCCUCCGGCUAAGAGAGAAAAGAUCCCGUCGCUUAAGCUGCGCCUGAGCCUGAGCAGCCAGGACUCCACGCCGCCAUCAAAGAAGUCGACCAAGAAGGACUCCAGCAAGGACAACUCCAAGAAGGACACCAAGAAGGACACCAAGAAGGAUACAAAGGCAACGCCAAAGAAGGCCACUCCUAAGAAGGCUACUACCAAGAAGGACACAUCCAAGAAGGACACACCCAAGAAGGACACACCCAAGAAGGACACACCCAAGAAGGACACACCCAAGAAGGACACACCCAAGAAGGACACACCCAAGAAGACUGCUGUCAAAUCAGAACCCAACACGGCCGAAAGCACUCCUGCUCCUUCCACUCCCACAAAGACUACCAACGGCAAAAAGGCCGUGCCGUGUCCCCCAAAGUUCCAGAUCUUGCUGUCGGACUACCCCGAGUAUGUCAUCUGGGGCCGUCUUCAGAUCCGCGAGUUUCUCAUUCGAUUCAACGACAUCAUAUCCAUUGGAUCCAGACACGGUCCCUCACUGAACGAUCUCACUGGACCCUGGAACGAGUUCAUGUAUAAACACAUCAUUACCGCGCUUCUGUCAGUACUGACUAAGGACUACGCGGUUCAUGCCAAGCUGCCGCCCAGCAGCAACAAUGCAUACAACCAUCCUGGGCCGCCCAUGGACAAGGAGGUUCACACGGACCUGGUGAAACAGAUCGAGCGAAUACCCGCAGAGUCCGAACGGCUGUGGCUCAUGCUGUCCGACUACAUUGAGAUCGCCAAUGAGAAGCUCGGCAAUAUUGAUCCUGUAGUUGGCAAGACCAUGCUUAAGGAUAAUGUUGAAGAAGAGGAAGUGGAGGAAGAGGGGGGAACAAAACUGACUAGCCGUGAGGUCCAAAAACUCGGAGACCUGUCUACCGAGCUGGACUACGAAAAGCGGUCCAUCGACCUAGUGGGGCGACUAAUUACUCUGGUCGCUUCUACUGAGCAGGUACGAAACGCCCUCGCUCGAGACAAUGACCAGCGUGAGGCAUCAUAUGCAGAAACCGUCAAGAACCUCAACGUUCAGUGGUAUAAGAAGCGAGAGGAGCUGAAACAGAGCCGGCCCAACGGAGCAGGAAAGGGACGAGCAGCACUAUACGAGUGGCAAGACGUUCAUGCUGUUGCUAAGAAUGCUUGGAUUGAAAGCGUUGAGCAGGCCAAAUAUGCCGUCAUCAUGAGCAACAGACAUAGACGACACCGCAUGCUGCCCGUGGGCAAAGACCACCUUGGAAACACUUACUGGGUGUGCCAAGAGCGACUCACCGGAGUUCGGGAUCUUUCCAGUUUCAUAAUUAUUGAGAAGGCCGAGGGUUCCGAGUACCCUGUUCCCAUGCAAGAGCUGAUAGCAUACAACGAGGCUCACCCUCCCAAGCCGAAAAAGAAGAAGCCUAUCAAGAAGGCUGCUCAGCAACCUACCAAGGAGGAGGGGAAUGAAGGAGACGAGGAGACUCCUGCUACUGAGGAGGUGGUUGCGGAGGAAGAAGAGGAAGAAGAGGACGAGGCUCCUCCAUUGCUUCCAGAUCCCAACCACGAGUUCUACCACUUCAGUCUAAACACAUCUCGGCCUCUUCUAGGCGCCAACCAAAACACUACCUUAUAUAUGGUUACGUGCAAGGAGGACGGCGAGCUUUUGGCAAAGUGGCUGCCAUACCAUAUGGGCGAGAAGGAUCCCACCAAGCCUCCCAAUGAGCGUGACAAGUUCAUCCAGCGAAUCAAGCAGGUGAGCGAGAUCAUGCUUCCUCGAGAGCUGAUUGCCACAUAA